AUGAAGUUCGGAAAGAACCUUCCGAGGAACCAGGUCCCUGAGUACGCUAGUUUCUACAUCAACUAUAGCGGGCUCAAGAAGAUCAUCGGGAAUGAGGCGGCAAAGGGUGAAAAGGCGGAUCUGGCUGGCUUCCUUUACUCUCUAGAUCGGAACCUCGAAGAUGUAUCUUACUUCUACAACAAAAAGCUCGCUGAUUUCUCUCGUCGCCUCAAACUUCUUGAAGAUCGCUAUGGACGCUCAUCUGAAGCUGUCCAAGAGCUGGAUGCAGAGGAGAGACAGGACCUGAUGGCGGCAUUGUUGGAGCUAAGAGGACAGCUGAGGAACUUACAGUGGUAUGGAGAUGUCAAUCGGAGGGGAUUUAUCAAGAUCACGAAGAAGCUGGAUAAGAAGGUACCCACAGCAAACGCUCAAAAAAAGUAUCUGGAGCUCAAGGUAUAUCCGUUGGGCUUUGCGACAAACUUUCAGCUGCUUGAAGAGGUGAACAAGAUCAACGAUUGGCUCUCCAUCUUAGGAGAAUCACCGGCUCGCAGUGAAGGAUCUUCCCACCUUUCCACCAACCCCCUUCGACGUGUCGCCUCGGGGCAAAAUCUCAACCUCGAACCCGAGAAGUUAGCUCUUGUCGAGCAACACAUUCGUAAUGAUAUGGUGGAUCAGUUAUCCGCUUCUUUGGCGACUCUACAGGAAUCGGGACUCAGUACGGACGGAACAGCCUUUCAGCAAUUUCUGAAGAACUUGCUCCAAAGAUCCAUCUUUUGCAAGAGUCGAAAAUGUAUCGCGGCCCUGCUGGAUCGCAUUUACUUUCUUGAUGAUCAUGAUGACAUAAACAAGCGAAACUGCAUUCAUCGCCUGGUCAUCUCCAUUGGGAGGUCACGGACCAGCUCUGAUGCUGGAGCUUCAGCUGAGGUGUCGUUCAAAGGUUCAGACGAUAGUGAUCAGUUUAUCACUCCUGCAGCUGCGCCGAUUCUUCCCCCACCAAAAGUGCCCCAAGAGGCUUAUCAAUCCCAGUUGCUCGGAAUGGAAGAUGAAUCGGUAUUACUCUUACAAUACCUCUUAGAUCAGCUGAACCCUGCUCAACGUUCAUCUCUUUUGGCGCGAGACGCUUCCGGAAGAACGCCUUUGCACUACGGUGCACAGUACGGCUGCAAGAUUGUUUGCCAGAUCAUCAUUCAGCACCUGCAGGCUUGGAAGUUGUUCAAGGCAGAGAGUGGCAUUGACGGGUCCGGAUGGCAAGACAAUGAGGGCUGGGCUCCAUUACAUUUGAGUGUCGUUGGCGGCCACCCUCUUACGACGAAGGUACUUCUCGAUGCCGAAAACUGGCUGGGAUCCAGGGAAAGCAAAGCCACAAUGCGACGCAACCAGCCAAAGUCCAGCGCUGUGCUUGCAAUGGCAGUCAAAUCCAAUUUUCUUGAUAUUGUUCGCUUGCUGAUUGAGGCCGAAGUGGACAUCAACUAUCAAGAUCAGCAAGGAGAGACAGCUUUACAUGUAGCAGCACGAUAUGGGCACGAUACUUGCGCCCAGCUGCUGCUUGAGGGAUCGGGACUGCAGAAAGCAAAUACAGAGCUGGCUGAGUACACAUAUGCCUGGACUCCCCUGUUCAUUGCCUCGGUCGAUGGCAAUCUUGGAGUUGUUGAGCUCCUGAUAGAAGCAGGAGCUGAUGUCGAUCGCGUCGACUCUUCCGGCUGGACUGCGAAGGAGCAUGCCUGCCUCCGAGGACAUAUCGAUGUGGCUAGACUAUUGGCAGAGGUGACCGUGAUGUCUGAAUCGACCCCCUCAGAAACAUCGACCAAUGCAUCUACUCCUCCAUCAAGCUCUUCGUCUUUAACAGACAGAAAGUCGAACGCAUCCAUAGGUCAGCAAACAGGAGUCAAAAUAACCGAGCCCGUGAAGUCCUUUGGUCAUCGCUAUCUUACUGAAGAAUCUAUGAUACUGGUGAGCCUCGGCACAAUGGAUACUCGCAAGACGGUUAGGGCAGUGAGUCUUGAUCGGAUUCCACUAGCCAACGCACAUUCCACCCAACUUGAUACUGCCUUGUCCAUUGUUGUUUCUGCGUCGGGUGCGAAAGGGGAGCCGGAGAUAAUUGACCUUCCCGUGCAAGACAACAUAUCCACAGAACCCAUGGCGUUUCUGGCAUCUGAUGCAAGCAAGGUCAAGCUUCUUUUUGACCUGAUUCCAACGUACGCAGGCUCCAAGGAUCGCGUGGUUGGUCGUGGCGUAGCCCUCCUAUCCAGCAUCAAGCCCAGUAUUGGAUCAAAACGAAUUACUUUGCAAGGUGACACCACCGUGCCGAUUAUUGCGGCAAAUACCUUGGACGUUAUAGGUACUGUUACCUUCAACUUCCUUGUCAUUACUCCAUUCAAGCAUCCCAGGAUGUCCAUCACCGAACAGCAGACGUACUGGAAGAGUAGGGCUUCGACCAUGGUGAUCGGUCAUCGUGGCCUGGGUAAAAACAUUGCUAGUCGAAAAUCUUUGCAGCUGGGAGAGAACACAAUUCAAUCAUUCAUCUCGGCCGCAAAUCUAGGGGCGUCAUACGUCGAAUUUGAUGUUCAACUUACCAAAGACCUUGUUCCUGUCAUCUAUCAUGACUUCCUUGUCAGCGAGACUGGCAUCGAUGCGCCAGUACAUACGCUUACCCUUGAGCAAUUCCUUCACGUCAAUGACACCAGGACUCCACGAGGCUCUCGACCACCUUCGCCUAUUCAGAAAGACCCAAAGCUCGCCGAUCUCAAAAGCCUUGAGCCCAGGCGCCCAAGAUCAAUGUCCGUCGGCGGCCCCAACAAUUACGACCCCUUCGACAUGAGUGAGAAAAUGAAGCAUACACGCGACUUUAAAAAGAAAGGCUUUAAAGGGAACAGCCGCGGCAAUCACAUCCAAGAGCCCUUCGCAACCCUGAAAGACAUGUUUCGAAAGCUGCCCAAGACCGUCGGCUUCAAUAUCGAGAUGAAGUAUCCAAUGCUCUACGAGUCUGAGGAGCAAGAAAUGGACACCUACGCCGUCGAACUUAAUUCGUUUGUCGAUACGGUUCUGACCACCGUCUACGACCUGGGCCAGGGCAGGAACAUGAUCUUCUCUAGCUUCAAUCCAGAUAUCUGUUUGCUACUGUCCUUCAAACAGCCCUCUAUUCCUGUCCUUUUUCUGACUGAUUCCGGCACCACGCCAGUCGGUGAUAUCCGCGCCAGUAGUCUUCAAGAGGCAAUCAGAUUCGCUUCGCGCUGGAAUCUGCUGGGUGUGGUGUCCAAUGCGGAACCGCUUGUCAUCAGUCCGAGACUGGUGAAGGUGGUCAAGGAAUCCGGCUUGGUAUGUGUCUCGUACGGCGUGAUCAACAAUGAUGCCGAGAAAGUGCAGUUGCAAGUCAAGGAAGGAAUUGAUGCGGUCAUCGUCGACAGCGUGCUGGCGAUCAGAAAGGAGUUGACGGAAUCUGCGGCCGCGGCUUCUUCCUCUUCUGCCUCGGCGCCGUCGGCUUCUUCGCUCCAGGUCCCCUCGGACUCGCACAUGACGAGUGGGCUGGUUUCGGCGGCUGCAGCGGCAGCGGCAUCUGUGAAGGGCUUGUCGGAUGGCAUGGAGAAGACCAAGUCGAGCUGA